AUGGCAGUGUCCCUUGAAGAGUUUAGGAAAGUGUCUAUCUGUGAGGUAGCCAAAGAAAUUUUGGAUAUUUUACAAACCACCCAUGAGGGAACUCAGGUUGUUAAGAACUCAAAAUUGCAAAUGCUGACCACUAGGUUUGAGGAGAUUAGAAUGAGAGAAGAUGAGAUGUUUGAUACCUUCUAUGCGAGUUUUAACGACAUAGUUAAUUCUAGUUUCAACCUAGGAGAGAGAAUCCCUGAGCCCAAGAUUGUUAGAAAAAUCCUUAGAUCCUUACCUGGGCGAUUUAGGGCUAAAAUCAGUGCUAUUGAGGAGAGUAAGGAUAUAAACUCCAUUAAGGUAGAACAGUUAGUUGGAUCCUUCCAGACGUAUGAGUUGACCUUAGAUAAAUCUGUUACAGAUAAAUCUCUUGCCUUGAAAUCUGUGAGAAAUACCCGGAUGGAAUCCUCUGAUUCUGAUUCACCGGACGAUGAGGAGUUAGCUUACCUGGCUAAUAAAUUCCGAAAAAUUUUUAGGAAGAAAAAGAACCCUCAAAAGAGAUACAAAGGUGGCCCGAGUGAAUCGAUGAGAAAUUCUAAAUAUGUGAGGUGCCAUAAUUGUCGAGGGUUUGGUCAUGUUAAGAGUGAGUGCCCUAGCAAUAGGAGAAAUUUGGAUAAGGCUAUGAAUACUACUCUCACUAAUGAUGAGUCUAGCUCAGACAAUCAGAGUGAGAAGUCCACUUGUGAUGAAAGUGAAAAAUAUAUUGCCUUUACUGCUAGAAUUAGGAAUGAAUCUGACCAGGGGAGUGAAAAAUAG